GAUCUUGUUCGUCACCUCUGUGAUGUUACUGAAGUUAACGGUGAUGGAUCUCUUUGCGACGACUUUAUCGCCAGAGUUUCGGAUCGGCUUUCUUCUGGCGCGUUGUCUUGGAGCCGCCAUCGGGGUAUAUGAUUUCUGUACAGCUUCUUCAGAAAUCUGUACAGCUUCUUGCUUGGCCUUUAAACUAUCGGACAACAAAUUUCCAUGGCCAAAUUAAGAACAACGAUGGCCUCGCGUCAAAUCUCGUGCCAGGCCUUGAAUUACCAAGCAAGGAGAUAUGGGGAGAGAUCCUCUUUGUUCUAUAUAAAUUGACCACAAUUCAAUAUGCAUCUAACCAUAGUACUGAAAAUGAUAUUCUUCUGCAUUUUGUUCCAGAACUUCUGUUCCUAUCUCUGGAGGCGCUCAUGAAGACUCAAAAUGAUGAUGUCCGAUUGAAAUAUGUAGCUGGUGGUGCAUGAGUUUGGGUGAUAUUUUUGAAUGUUUGCAUUUGCAUACAGAUGAAGCCAAGUUUUCUCAUUUCUCACUCUUCUUUUAUCUGAUGUG